GUGUUGACGCUGCGAGAAAGUGCGCGUUUUGCGGUAGUUUGGGGAAACUUUCGUAAUCUCGGAGCCGACGAGAUUUUUGGGAACGUGCGCUAAAAAAAUGCGAGAUUUGAGACAAUCUCGCUCUGAAGACAGAAGACGUUUCGGUUUGUGCACUCUCUAUUAGACGUUACUUGUUAUUAAAUCAGUCCACAAGACUUCCACUUUGUUACAAGGCCCCAAUUUUAAUUAACUAAGAACUCAAAAUAAACACAUUUUAUAAAUUCAGUUAUAAACAAAAAACGUGUGUUUUGAUUGGUUAUAAAUAAUGAAUAGAUUUAAACAUAAAUGAACUUCAUCGCGCUUUGAAUUUAUUAUAAUCAGAAAACAUUACAUAAAGACAUCCGGGCAGUGACGAGGAUUUUUCGUCAGUGGUUUUCACAAUAAAAAGAAUCUUAAUUUUUCUUGUCAUCAUUAUCAAAAGUCAUUAACCGAUGUCAAGUGUUACACAGCAGAAAAGAACUCUAUAAUCUGACAAUAAGUGCUUAAAAUUUAAGUUGGAAUUACUCGCUGGGUGUGUUAAGUUUUUUUUACUGUGUGUUCCUCGAUGGUUAUCUAAGAACUACGUACGUAAACAAAGCUUAAAAUUUCAGACAACGUAACAAAAGAAUUUUAGAACGUUACCAAGCUCUGGUAAGCAAAGACUAUUUUGAUUCCAUCAACAAGACGUCACAAUGACGAGACUUUUUGAAAUCUUAUAUUUUUGUCCACGUUGUGUUGUGGUAAUAAGACUUACCAUCAACCAGUGUCUUAAGUAACGCCUUCUUUUAGUUCAAAAAUCGCGAGAUAACUCAGUCGUCAGUGAUCAUGUACUACAGCGGAGCCAUCUGUGGUGCAAAAUCAACGUAACAGCCAAAAUCUUCGCCACGGACUUUCGCGACAGGGAAAGACUCGACCGGGGGCACUUCUGGACUUCUAGAACCGCCCGCAUCAUGAGUCUGCCCAGUGGCAUGGACGUUUCGGCCCUCAUGUCUCAGCACCCCGUGCUGGGGGCCAUUCCGCCAGCCUUUUUCCUCCGGGCCACGGAGCGGUAUCAGCGGACCCCGAAGUGUGCGCGCUGCCGAAACCACGGAGUCGUUUCGGCCCUCAAGGGUCACAAGCGUUACUGCAGAUGGCGGGACUGUGUGUGUGCCAAAUGCACGCUCAUCGCCGAGAGACAGCGCGUCAUGGCCGCCCAGGUCGCGCUGAGGCGCCAACAGGCCCAGGAGGAGAGCGAGGCCCGGGAGCUCGGGAUGCUGUACAACGCGUCGGCCGGACCUCACGCCGCGGUGGCCCCGCCAGUGGCGCCAACUGCCGGCCAGGAGCUGGCUCUCAACAUUCUGCACCAACACCAGCCACGAGGUAUCCCACAGGCAGCGUUCCCUGGCGCCACCAGCAACAAUGACAGCGCACCGUCGGAACCAACAGUCACCAGCGCCAAGCGGGCAAGAAUCUCAGUAGACGACCUCGACACAGGAGCAGAAGACGAGGAUGACGAUGACGAUGAUGACGAAGAAAUAAGCACCAGAGGAUCUCCAUCGGCGACUUCCACCGGUGUGCCCGACAACAAACGCCCUCCACAAACGUCACGCAGAAGUUCUUCGCUGUCGCCUCCACCACCCCCGCUUCCCCUCUCAGUAUCAACUACCCCGUCACCGGAACUGUCGACAGCUCCGCCCCCUGGAGCAGAUCACCCCGACGUCGACAGCAAUGGAAACAACGGCGAGGCGGAGAGCGAGUCUGCGUUGCCGGAAAACCUUUCACUGCCCAAGAAGUGUCCAGGUUUGCCCGCGAGUCCCAGACACCACCCGCCAACCACACAGCCACCCCCCUACCUGCUGUACCACCAGCAGUACCAGCACUUCCAGCAACAGCAGCAGCACUUUCAGCAUCAACAGUAUCAACAGCAACAACAACAACAACAACAACAGCGCUCCCCUGUAGAUAUUCUUCUCAGGGUAUUCCCAGGAAGACGACGGAGCGACGUAGAAGCACUCUUACAGCGAUGCAAAGGCGACAUUCUGCACGCUAUAGAACUUCUGGUGUGCACAAAUGGUGGCAGCGGAGGGACUCCUAGCCCACAACAUGAAGACGCCCCUCUGAGUUCCCCACCGCUGUUACCCAAAUCGGCUUUCUCGCCUCUUGGAGCCCUCGGACCGCCGCCACACCAGUUCCAUCACCGGUACAGCCCGCAAUCGCAUCGAAGGUUCCUCGCGGCACCGUACGCUGGCACGGGAUACCUUCCUACUGUCAUCAGGCCACCUCCGGAGUACGCGAUGCCGCUGGUCGGACACCCUCACGACAUCUACAGUAGUUCUGGGAGCGCGUGCACUGACAAGGCCACAGCCUCGUCUCCCGGGUCAGGGACCGGCUCUGAUAAAACCUCGUAUUCCGAGUGACCGAUAGGGGUCCUUCGACCAUCGCCAGAGUACGCGCGAUUUAUAUUUUACAGAAACCCCGCUUGUACUGAGAAAUCCUCGCCCGGUUCUGGGUCAGGGUCCAGUGACGUUGACAUCCAAGGACAGUGCAUGUCGUAAUGAGAAUUAUGUGCCGUUCGAGUGUUAAACCUGCUUGUGCUUUUAUAGAAGAGGAAAAUUUGUUGAUAUCGGUAGGAAUUCGCUUGCUUAUUCAUCCAACACCCACAAGUGUUUAAAAACAUUAGAAGACAUUAUACUAGCCUUAUAUACCAGUAAAACAUCUUGGAAUGCAGUGGAACACAUGAAAGGGCAUUUUCAAAGGAUGCAUUACACUUUAAUACAGGGGAAAUGAGCGGUAUGAUCUUAUUUUCAACAAAAUCAACUCUGUAAAGCCAUCUAUUAUAACUCACGUACAGCCUAUAAUGAUGUCAAAUAUAAUUCCCCAAUUCCUGAAGUAGGUUACUCUCUCUUUCACUAAGCGACAUUAAACUUGAGUAGAUUAUUCAAUGUGCGUUUUUCUUAUAUGUAACAAGUCAAUCUACUUUCUUGAAGACACUAAACGUCGGUAACAUACGGGUACAUCCUAAAACGUAAUUCGCUACUCGGUUACUGUAUUCAUGCCAUCUGAAUGGACCUGCUCACCCAUCACGAACAU